AUGAGUAGUCUUCCGUCCAUUUCUGUGUGCGUUAUCACUACACCACUGGAGACUGACCACUACGUCAAGGCUGGUACCCGCGUGGCUCUGGAUAUGACAACCUUGACUAUUAUGCGCCAGCUCCCUCGAGAAGUUGAUCCGUUGGUUCACAACAUGUCUGCAGAAGAUCCUGGGGAUGUUUCUUAUCAUUCGGUUGGUGGUCUGGCUGAGCAGAUUCGCGAACUCCGGGAGGUCAUCGAACUCCCACUGAUGAACCCAGAACUGUUCAUCCGGGUCGGAAUCACUCCCCCCAAGGGUUGUCUUCUGUACGGUCCCCCAGGCACCGGAAAAACUCUUCUAGCCAGAGCCGUCGCUUCUCAGCUGGAUGCUAACUUCCUGAAGGUCGUUUCGAGUAGCAUCGUAGACAAGUAUAUCGGAGAAUCGGCCCGUCUAAUCCGUGAAAUGUUCAACUACGCUAGGGAUCACCAACCGUGUAUAAUCUUUAUGGACGAAAUUGACGCGAUUGGUGGUCGUCGUUUCUCCGAGGGGACCAGCGCAGAUCGGGAAAUUCAACGAACGCUGAUGGAACUGUUGAACCAGAUGGAUGGCUUUGACGCUUUGGGUCAGGUGAAAAUGAUCAUGGCCACAAAUCGUCCUGAUACCCUAGAUCCUGCUUUACUUCGUCCUGGACGUUUGGAUAGGAAAAUUGAUUGGGAGGCAGUGGUAAAGCUUUCUGACGGAUUCAACGGUGCCGACUUGCGUAACGUUUGCACGGAAGCCGGUAUGUUUGCCAUUCGAGCUGAGCGUGAUUACACUGUGGAGGAAGAUUUCAUGAAAGCCGUACGAAAAAUCAGUGAUGCGAAGAAACUAGAAACCAAACUAGACUACAAACCUGUGUGAUUUCUCCAUUGUGUAUUAUUUUCGUUCUUGCUUGAUAACAACCACUUCACACAGUGACUUUUACCUGGGUUCUGAACGAAUAGGUGGAAUCUCACGUAUUGCGCGAAUGUUGUUCUGGUCUUGAAAGUUCCCGCUGUUUAUCCACUGUUUGUGCUUGCUCGAAAAAUCAAGAGCUCUUUCGAACCGUAUAACCUUUUAGUUGGGCG